AUGUCUCAACUUCAUGCUCUUGUCUCUCGCAUCCCGCCUCCCCUCACCAAGAAAGAUAAUCUUGUUGUAAUCGUUCCUGCAACUCUCGCCUCUGUCUACCUUUCUACUCGUCUCUACCAGAACUACCAACUUUAUCUCGGUCUAGGUCGAGGUGGCUUACCGUAUAACCCAAUAGGAUGGUUAGCAUCGACUAUAUUCACUGCUUUUGCGGUACGCGACACCACGAAAACGGACCUGUACGACUCCGACCCCAAUCAGGAGUCAUUCAUCAACUCGGAAGCGGCCAUCAAGAAAGAUGGCUUGCUUCCGAAGAGGAAGGGUGGUUCAAGGCCGAGGACUGGUUGGCAUGCUGUCCCUCACCGACAAAUUGACCAGUUUGCACCCAAGCCUCUACUGCCCAUCUUGACCUCCGCUAUAUCAGGCAUUGCCGCUGCGAACCCCAAGUGUCUUGUUACAGGCCAAUCGGUUCUUGAAAGGAGGGGUACCGCCCUUUUCGUGCAUCCUUCCGUAGCUCCUUCCUCAAAGACUGAGAAAGUCUGGAAGAAGACACAACGGGAGAUUGCUCAUGUACACACAAGUCUCGAUGGGUCCUUACAUCUCGCUCUUUCGCCUGCGGACUGUAAACUUGUGAUCGAGCAGGGCUGGGGAGAACGCCACUCUCUGGCUGGUAGUCAUGUGGCACCUCUUGUACCGGGGAACUUCGUGCUCGUCUAUGCACCGAGGGAUGAAGGGGAGGCUCAAGUCAUCCUUCGUCUCAUCAGAGCAGCGGCAGAGUACAUGACAGGUAACAGACACCUUGAGUGA